AUGCCUUUAUCAAAAAACCUUAUUAAUACUAAUAUUCGUGUUAAAAAACAAAAACAAACUCCUAGCACUUUCGUAUGGGUUAAUGAAGAUGAAAUUCAAUCAGAUUUAAAUCAAAAAAUCAAUAAUUUAAAAUUGGACCUAAUAAAUCAAGAAGAAACAUUGAUUGCAUACGAAUAUAAUCGAAAGCGUGCAAUUUAUGAAUAUUUAGUUAGACUAAAUAAAAAUUCUAGUAAAAUGGCCGCAAGUAAAGCAUCUGCAAAAAUAGUAUACAUUGAUCCUGCAGAAAAUAAAGGAACGACUAUUAUUGGCUGGGCAAAUUAUUGGCUUGAGCAUAAUUGUUUACCAGAAAGUCAACAAGGUAAACAUAAAAAAAUAAAAUCUUUGAGUGAUAAUGAAGAUUUUAUCAAAAAGUGCCAUGAGUGGAUUCAUUCACAAAAUGGUAUUACAUGUCCAUCAAAAUUUAAGAAAUUUGUCGAAGAUACAUUUCUUAAAGAUUUAGAUAAAAAGACAAUUUGCAUAAGUACUGUAUCCCAGUGGCUACGCAAACUUGGAUACAAUUAUCGGCAAAUUAAAAAAG